GAGAUCUCAGAUAGUUCACAGUUUGACCAGAAUCCAAUCACUCCAGAUGUUGAAGCUUCUUCAUAGACCAUCAACUCACAUCCACAAGCUCCAAUCUUUCACCUUCAGAUCGUUCUCUCAACCUCAAUCUCCCUCAAAGUCACCACCUUUAUUCCCUUCUUUUUCUUCGAGUCUAGCCUCAGCAAUACUAAAAUGCAGAUCCGCGGAAGAAGCCCUCAAACUCUUCUACACAUCGAACUCCAACGAUUUCCGAUCUCACUCCGCAUUAAUCCACGUCCUAACCGGAGCUCGGAGGUACACGCACGCAAGGUGUUUGAUAAAAUGCCUCAUAGAAACUCUCAAGCGUCGCCCUUACAGAGUUUUCAACGCGCUCGAGGAUGUUCAGAGCUCGAAGUUUAGUAACGGUGUGUUUAGUCUGCUGAUUAUGGAGUUUGUGGAGAUGGGUUUGUUCGAAGAAGCUCUUUGGGUGAGCCGUGAGAUGAGAACUUCUCCUGAUUCUAAAGCUUGUCUCACGGUUUUGAAUGGGUUGGUUAGAAGGAGAAGGUUUGAUUCUGUCUGGGCUGAUUAUGAGUCUAUGGUCUCUCGUGGGUUGGUUCCUGAUGUGUACGUUUACUCUGUUUUGUUCCAAUGCUGUUUCAAGCAAGGCUUGUCCUCCAAGUUAAAGACGCUUCUUGAUGAAAUCAAAUCUAAAGGGAUCAAGCCGAAUGUUUAUAUCUAUACUAUAUAUAUCCGUGAUCUGUGGAGGGAGAGUAAGAUGGAUGAAGCGGGGAAAGUGUUUGACUUGAUGAAGAAGAAGCAACAUGGUGUUCCAAACUUGUUUACUUACAGUGCAAUGAUUGGUGGAUACUGUAAAGCUGGUAAGUUAAGACAGGCUUACACACUGUAUAAGGAGAUUGUGGUUGCUGAGUUGCUGCCAAACGUUGUUAUCUUCGGCGCAUUGGUCGAUGGUUUCUGCAAAGCUAACGAAUUGGUAGCUGCGAGGAGUCUGUUAGUGCAUAUGGUGAAGUUUGGGGUUGAUCCUAAUUUGCACGUUUAUAACUGUUUGAUUCAUGGGGAGUGCAGAUCAGGGAACUUGUCAGAAGCAAUGGGGUUGUGUUCUGAGAUGGAAAGGUUGCGUCUUUGGCCUGAUGUGUUUACUUAUACUAUACUCAUCAACGGGCUAUGUAGUAAAGAUCAGUUAACAGAAGGAGAUAGAUUGUUUCAGAAGAUGAAGAGUGAGAGAGUGUUUCCGAGCUCUGUGACUUACAACUCGCUGAUUCAUGGGUAUUGUAGAGAGUACAAUAUGGAGAAGGCCUUGGAGUUGUGCUCAGAGAUGACAGCAAACGGUGUAGAACCGGACUUCGUAACGUUUUCUACUUUGAUCGAUGGUUACUGCAAGUUGAGAAACAUGAAAGCUGCAAUGGGUUUGUACUCGGAGAUGAGCAUCAAAGGAAUAGUUCCUGAUGUUGUGACGUACACAGCUUUGAUAGAUGGGCAGUUCAAAGAGGCUAACGUGAAGGAAGCGCUAAAGCUGUACAGUGAUAUGUUGGAGGCUGGAGUCCACCCUAAUGAGCACACGUUUGCUUGCCUGGUUGAUGGUUUCUGGAAAGAAGGGAGAGUCUCUGAUGCCAUCGAUUUUUAUCUGAAAAACAAUCAAGCAUGCUGGAAUCAUGUGGGGUUUACAUGUUUGAUUCAAGGGUUAUGUCAGAACGGUUACGUUCUUAGAGCUACCAGGUUGUUCUCAGACAUGAGAUCUGGUGGGAUAACACCGGACUUGCAGAGUUAUGUAUCCAUGUUAAAAGGUCAUCUUCAAGAAAAGCGUGUUGUUGACACAAUGAUGUUGCACUGUGACAUGAUCAAAAUUGGAGUCUUGCCAAACCUUGUGGUGAAUCAGUUCCUAGCCAUGGUUUAUCAAGAGAAUGGAUAUCUAAGAUCAGCUUGUUUCUUGACCAACUCUGAAUCCUUUAGGAACUAUCAGCUAGUCUGCAAUAACCACACAAAGACGGUCACUUCUUGCUCUGUCCACUACCAUGCAAAUUGCUGAAGUAUCCUUGAGGGUUACUCUCAAAUCCACCUCUUGAGAUGUAAGCACCACCUUUGGAACCCGGUGCAACCAUAUAACCUCCUCCGCCGCCUCCGCUCUUUCCUCCACCGCUGCUGCUAUCACCACUGCUCUUUCCUCCACCGCCUCCGCUCUUUCCUCCACUGGUGCUGCCACUUUUUCCACUCAUUUUCAAAUGUGAUUUUAUUCAACAACUUAGAGA